AUGCCAAUAACUCGUGGUGACAAGAAGGCCAUUCUCGUUGGCAUCUCAGGCGUAUCAUCUUCAGGCAAGACAACACUAGCACGGAUAUUGCGGGACAUCUUCCCUCGAGCUUUCAUUCUUCACGAGGAUGAUUUUUACAAGACGGAUGAGCAGAUUCCCAUCCAUCCAGAACAUAAAAUCGCAGACUGGGAUUGUCUGGAAUCCAUCAACCUUCCAGCUUUCGAGAAGGCUCUGAAACACAUUCGCGACAACGGCCUAUCGCCACCAGAUUUCACGUCGAAAGAAGACACAAAUUCUGUUGGCGAAGUCGAAGUGGAUAAAGCACUGAUUGAAGAUCUCAAAUGGAAAGCGAGCAAAUGGAUGUUUGCCGAUGCUCCAUCUAUAGCAAUCAUCGACGGCUUUCUAUUAUAUUCGGAAGGCAUGAAGCAGGUCAGGGAUCUGUUCGAUGUCAAGCUGUUCUUGCGAACAGACUACCAAACCGCGAAAGCGAGACGAGAAGCUCGCACUGGUUAUGUUACAAUCGAGGGCUUCUGGGAAGAUCCUCCCGGGUACGUGGACAAGAUCGUCUGGCCUAAUUACGUCAAGGACCAUGCAUUUAUGUUCAAGGACGGCAACGUGGAGGGCACUUUGGAUGAUCGGGUGCUCAAAGACCUCGACAUAAAAACCAUGCCUGACGAGGCUCCAGCAGAUAUGACGUCGUUCGUUAAGUGGGCUUACGAUGUCUUUGAAGAAGCCCUGCAGGAUUUCACUAUGCCUCGCGACUGA